AUGUGUAACGUGCAGUUAUUCAUUUGUGCAGCUGGGAUAGUCUGCGGCCUGUAUGUUAUUCUGCUCGGUAUAUUCAAAAUUCGACGCGAAACUUUCAAGUGGUAUUCACUGAAUAUCCUUGUCGCUUACUGCAUCACGAUGUGCUGCAAAAUUGCAGUGCUUCUUCAGUUGGGUUCGCCAAGAGCAAUGGCACGAUUAUUGGCAUUCGCUUCAUCAUGGUCAUUUUCUUUGGUGCGCUUCACAAUGCUGUGUUCGUUGCUUGAAAUUUAUUGCAUUUAUUCUUUCCGAAACAGCCGAUUAUCGCGACUUUAUGACAGAGUGUGGCCGCCUCGUCUUAUCGUUCAUAUUGCUGGCCUUUCACUCAGUGUUUUUGUGGUGGGCGCGUUUUAUUUUCAACCAAUAUUACAUGUUGCCGUGACAACUUAUUGUUUAACCACAAUUAUAGUUUAUCUCAUCUCAGUUGUUAUUCUGUGUAUCGUUAUAUGUACAAUUUAUUACUAUCGAAAAGGAAAACACAAGCCCCUGACGAAGCAUCUUUGGUUACCGCUGUUUUUCUUUUUGCCCGUUACGCUGAUCGAUUUGCCCACUGCAACUACAGCAGGAUGUUUAAUUCUGGAAAAUUACGGUGUUACAAUUCCGGAUACGGUUUAUUUCAUUGGCACAUACUCACGUCUGGUAAACAGCGUCAAUUUCCAGUGCACCAGUAAGGAUCUGAAACAAAUUUCAGGUCAGAAUACCACUGGUAGCAAUUUGCACGAUUACAGUAGUGCCAUCGUUUCGUAA